GUAUGGAGAGUGGCAAGAUACUCAUAUGGAGGUUAGAUACACUGAUGUUGACUACCUUGUCUUUUCUGAUGCUGCUGCUUUAAUGGCUGCGGGUGAUUCCCCCUAUAAGAGAACCACUUAUCGCUAUUCCCCUUUGCUUGCCUUUCUUCUCAUUCCAAAUUCAUUUAUCCAUCGUUCCUGGGGAAAGUUCCUUUUCUCUGCUUCAGAUAUACUUGUAGGAUAUUUCAUAUAUUAUAUUCUAAAGCUACGGAAGGCUCCAGAAAAUAUGUGCAACAUUUCUGUCAUGGCAUGGCUCUUCAAUCCAUUUACCUUCACCAUUGGGACACGAGGAAACUGUGAGCCUAUUGUUUGUGCAGUGAUAUUGUGGAUCAUGAUAUGUCUUUUGAAAGGUAAUGUGUUACAGUCAGCAUUUUGGUAUGGACUUGUUGUCCAUUUCAGGAUUUAUCCUAUA